AUGGCGCGCAAAGUAGACAGCGUAAUCCUUGAGACACUUGGCCUGGAUGCCAGCGAAACCAGGAUGAGCCCGCACGGCGGCUCCGGCUUCGCGUCAACGUUCAAGUUGUCCACGUCCGUCGACGGCCAGCCGUGUCGCUAUUUUAUCAAGACGGGUCGCGCCGCCGCCGCCGAGACCAUGUUCCGAGGCGAGCAUGCCUCGCUCAACGCCAUCGCCGACGCCGUGCCGGGUUUCUGCCCGCGCGCGCACGCGCACGGCGCCAUGCGGGACGCCUCCGGGCAGUACUUUCUCGCCACCGACUUCCUGGACCUCUCCUCUUCCACCUCUUCCUCCUCCAGGCCGUCGCUCGCCGCCAAGCUCGCACAGUUGCACACCACCCCUGCGCCCACUCCCGGCGGCGCGUUCGGCUUCCCAGUGAUAACCUGCUGCGGCGCGACGCCGCAGGACAAUACGUGGACCACCUCGUGGCCCGAGUUCUUCGCGGAGCGCCGUCUCCGCGCGGUCCUACGCGCGUGCAAGGCCGACGCGGAGCUCUCGGCGGCCGUGGAGACGGUCGCCGCCGAGGUCGUGCCGCGGCUGCUAGGGCGCGUCGAGCCCGUCGCGCCGGUGGUGCUGCACGGCGACUUGUGGAGCGGCAACCACGGACGGGCGGCCGGCGGGGAGGAGGUCGCGUUCGACCCGGCGGCGGUGUACGGCCACGCGGAGUACGACCUCGGCAUCAUGCGCAUGUUUGGCGGCUUCGGGCGCGCGUUCUGGGAAGAGUACCACGCGCUGGUGCCCAAGGCGGAGCCGCGCGAGGAGUGGGAGGACAGGAUCGCGCUGUACGAGCUAUAUCACCACCUCAACCACCUUGCCAUGUUCGGCGGAGGAUAUCGUGGCGGCGCCAUGGCCAUCAUGAAGGGAUUGAUUGAAAAGUAUGCAGGUUGA